UUUUGCAUAUACUCGAGAAUGUGGGACGGGUAGCGCUGUGGCUGAGUGGCCUAGAGGUUCAGAGCGUUAGCCGCGCAAGUUAAAGACGCCGGUUCGAUUCCGGCCUCGUCCACUAGAGGGCAUGGUCUGUUUGUUUUUUGAAUAUGACACCUAUUUAAUUUUAUGACUUUAAACUGUCUUAUAUUCUCUUCUCAAUUUCCUGGAAGUUGUAAAGGAUCUCCGCGUGGAGUAUAAAUCAGCCACAGAGUUGUGUCGCUUCAAAGUCGGUUGGGUGUAACAACCGCUAAAUUGUAUGGCCACUUUAUGAAUGAAUUCAUUUUUGAUUUAUAAUUUUCAAUGCAGUGUUGCAGCUCGUUGAACCUUUUUACGUUAUAGUUACAUACAGUCAUAGUAAAUAUACUUUAUAUGAUGAUACCUCGAUUUUUUUGAAGAAAAAUGUUGUCUUAGUUGAUAAUAUUUUUAUAUAAAUUUAGUCUAUAAACCUUUCAGAUUCCGAUUUCAACCCUUUAUUUUUUUAAGUCAAACCGCACAGGAACCUUUUCACUUGCCUUCCUUAGGUUAUUAUUAAUACGUGUUUUUUUAACAGGAUCUGAGUCUGAAUCAGAGGACAGUGACGAUGAUAUACCAGUUGCGCAAGGCAUUUCACGCGUAGCUUGGUCGAUGAUGGAUACACCCGAAGACGACGAUGAUAACGAAAACGCUGCAGCACCGAUUCCAACCGUUGACGACUUUACGUGGACCUCAUCUCCCAAUCCUCCAGUUCCUUUUGAGUUGAGGAGGGAACUAUUUUCUGAAGUUAACGUAGGUCCAACAAUUCCAUAUGCUGAUCCAUACGAAGCAUUCGUAGCGAUAUGGGAUCGGCCAAUUAUCGAGCAUAUCUGCUUGGAGACUAAUAGAUAUGCCCAGCAACUGAGGGUCGAAAUGAUUAACGAGCGUCGACUCCUUCCAACGAGUCGCAUUUGCGAUUGGAAAGAUGUGACAGAGGACGAUGUCUAUGUUUAUUUGGCUAUGAUUCUCGCUAUGGGACUUGUUGUGAAAGCUCGCCUGAAGGACUACUGGAACGCCGAUGAGGACAUAUUUUCGACACCCGGUUUCCACGUACACAUGUCCCUCAGAAAGUUUCAGCUGCUGAGUCGCUGUCUUCAUUUCUGUAACAAUGAAGAUAUGUGUACGAAGAACCUAGACGCCUCCCACGCAAAACUAUUCAAAAUUCAACCGAUUAUCCAGCAUUUAAAUAACAAAUUUCAGUCACUUUACAACCUAGGUCGAAACAUCGUGAUCGAUGAAUCACUGCUGCAGUCGAAUGGACGGUUGGACAGCAACCAGUUCAAACCUAUUAAAGUUGCAGCAGUGGGCAUCAAAACUUACGAAAUUUGUGAGCCUCAAACAGGGUAUAUAUGGCGCUUUUUUGUACACGCUCAUAGGCGCCAGACUAGAAAUGCACCCACUGAUACAGACCUCUCUUCUACUUCUCUUAUUUUGAAGCUCCUAGAGGGUCUUGAACACAAGGGACACACUGUCUGGAUGGAUAAUUUCUACAAUUCCCCAGCACUGGCACGAAAAUUAAAAACGCUCAACUUUGACUGCGUUGGGACUCUCCGGACGAAUCGCCAGUACGUACCUAAAAAACUGACAAACUUAACGAAGGCGAAGAUGAAGAAAGGACAAAUAACGGGAUAUACCUCGGGGGACGUCGACCUUAUGGUCUGGCGUGAUCAAAACAGGGUGGCGACCAUUUCUACCUACCACGGUGUCGCCACUAUACAAAUAAAUGGGGUCACCAAACCCACUCUCAUUCAUGACUACAAUAUAAUGAUGGGCGGGGUGGAUAAUACGGACCAAUUGUUGGCCGUUUUCCCCAUUGAACGCAAAAGAACCAAAGUUUGGUAUAAGAAAUUGUUUAGAAGACUCGUAAACGUCUCGACGCUAAAUGCGUUUAUACUAUUUAAAGGAACCAACCAUAGUCAGCAUCGUGAUUUCCGUACCAUCUUGGUAAAAACCUUAUUGGAACGGCAUUCACGAUUUGCGCAUAAAACCAUCCAUUCGACCAUCGCCACUGCGCAGGUUGAUUGGGUCAAACAACACCACCUGGACGUAUUUGCGUGUCACCCAAAUACAAAUACAAAAAAUCGCCGGAAGUGUGUUGUUUGCAAAAAACGAGUCUCAACUUUCUGUGUGGGAUGUUCAAAAACCGUAUGUAUCAAACCAUGUUUUAUGAUCAUUCAUAAUUAACAUAUAUUUCUGGCCCCACCUUUUAUUCUCUUUUUAAUUGUAGCCUCUAAUAAAAUUUAGCAAAUAAGUCGGUUACUGUAUGAAUUUAG